AAUAAAACAUCAAAUUAUUUUGUCAAUUUAAUGUCAAAAAAGAACGUCAUAAAUAAAUCCGAAAUAAAGCUUACCUAAUAAACAUAAUGACGGGCCGUACAACGGAUCGAAAAGGCAAAUCUAAAGAGUUAAAAUCGCUUACAAAUGAGCUUCAAAACGAAAUAGCCGCAUUCACGUUACCCAACAGCUUACCUUGCUCUGAAAUAGACUUUCCAAUAGCACCAAGAAGAAAACCACGCGCCAACUGGGACGAAAUACUAGAGGAAAGUGAUGAGAAGUUUCAAGAAAUUGAAGAGUACGAAGAUAGUAAAAAAGGACGACAACUGUUAUCGCCAUUUCUAAUAUUGGCAGAUACUGAAUGCAAUUAUUUGAAAGAAAAAGUCUUUGUCCACUUACAACCAGCCUUGGAAGAGACUCUUCAUAAGGCUCAGAUUUGGGAAGCGUUGAAACAACAAAAGUGUUUCUUCAAUGGUAUUGAUCACAUAGCACAAGUACUAUGGAACAAUAAUCCAAAACAUCCUCAUCGUAAAGAACUCAAUCUCCAUAUAUUUAAUAUGCCUUGGGUUAGAGAACUACUAAAAUCAAAUCCCAGAGCUUAUUAUCCUAAGUCAUGGUUAUGGCCUGACGACUACGCAGCAACUGUGAUACAGAAAACUGUUCGACAAUACUUUGUGCAGAGGGAAGAUGAUGUUCAAGAGAUGCGCAACUUUUGGAGGAAAUUGGAAGUGGAAAGAGCCAUACCUGAAAUACAAGGAAAUCCACUUUUGUCUAAAAAAUUUGCUACUUCACAAAAUUGAUACACACUCUUUCUUUUUAAUUUUAAUUUAUUUCAAUAAAACUAUGCUAAUAAUUA